GCUGACACUUCAGUUAUGACUUUUAUUUGACAACCACUUUACGUACGACUGAUGAACCUAUUUGUAACAAAAUAAGAAGUAAUUUUAAUAAAUAAGAUAAAAUGAGCAUGCAAGUGGAUCCGCGCCGUAAAGAUAAGGUCAACCGCUACAAGGCCCCACAAAAUCAAGGUCAAGCGGGAAGUUCCAGCGAAGAUCUUAUGCCUGAUUAUAUGAAUAUAUUGGGCAUGAUAUUCUCGAUGUGUGGACUGAUGAUGAAGCUUAAAUGGUGUGCUUGGUUCGCUCUAUAUUGUUCUUGUAUUAGCUUUGCUAGUUCAAGGGUCAGUGAUGACGCAAAACAGGUGCUCUCGUCUUUUAUGUUAUCCGUUAGCGCCGUAGUGAUGUCAUAUUUACAAAAUCCUGCACCGAUGACUCCCCCAUGGGCACCUGCUCCAUAGCGAAGUUGGGCAGAAUAGCAUUCCUUUUUUUAAGCUCACUACCUCUAUAUAUGAAUAAGAAUUAUCAUGAAAAGAUAAAACCAUUUGAUGCUGCGGAGAAUAACGAUUUUUAGUUAAAUAAAGCAUAAAUACAUUUGGGUAUUACAUAUUUGCAAACCAGA